ACCAGUAACUCUCUCAUAUUACACGUUGUCAUUACUUGCAAAGAAUGUAUUCAACAAACGUUCCAGUUUGUUUCAUCUGACUACUCUAUACGAUUAUGAACUGGCGAACAGUUGAGGAUCAAUAUCUCAGAGAUAAUAAAUUUUUCGCGCAACUAGUUGGUGUGUGGCCUGAUCAGAAAAGAUAUGCUAAACUUUCUAUACGACUUGUUAUAUUUGUCGUUGUCACUGUUGCCAUUAUAACUGAGGUAUCGCGAGUAGUAAUAUUUUAUAGUACGGACGUACUGUUGGAUCAGGUGGUGUAUCUGGAUAUAGCUAUAAUAGUUUUAGUGAAGCAGUACAAUUAUAUCCUGAAUGAGAAGAAGUUGAAAGAAAUUAUAAGCGAAAUCGUGGCCGACCGUGUGAUCGAACGACCGAAGGAAGAACUGGAGAUUUUGGAUACGUACUAUAAGAAGGCAAUAAUCUUCUGCUCUAUAUACAAAGCCAGCAUAUCUUCCUCCGCGUUGAUGUUCAUUUUCAUACCGGCCAUACCACCUAUACUGAACGUCAUAGCGCCCCUGAACGAAUCACGUGGCCGUGAAUUCGUCUACCCAGCUUAUUAUUUCGUUGAUGAACAGCGGUAUUAUUACCUUAUACUAGCGCAUAUGAUAUCAAUGGCGUUAGUACUAGCAGCCGUAUAUAUUGCCUGCGACAUCAAUUUAAUUCACAUCAUACAUCACGGGUGCGCUUUAUUGACCAUCUGCGGGUAUCGCUUCAAGCACGCAAUGGUUGAUGCGAACUUUCGUGACGAAAAGUACGACAUAUUAACGAGAAAAACCUACGCGAAAGUGUGUCGAUCCAUCGAGGCUCACAAAAAAGCUGUCGAGUACGUGGGUAAGAUCGACGCCUGCUAUGUGCAUUACUUCUUCCUACUCUUGGGCCUCAUAAUCAUAGCAUUCACAUCCACUUUCGUGAGGAUAUCAACGAUGGAAGUGGGAUCGAGGUACUUCAUAUUUUGCGCGUUCACUGUUUCUCAAUUGGUUCAUCUACUCUUUGUGAUGAUAAUGGGACAGUUUAUGGUCAAUUCCAACAAUGAAAUCUUCCGAACAAUAUAUGAGGCCAAGUGGUACAAUGGUUCAUCAAGAACGCAAUUGUUGUAUGUACUAGUAUUGCGAAAAUGUUUAAAUCCGCCUGUAUUAACAGGUGGAAAAUUGAUUCCUUUGAAUUUGUAUAGCUUCGUACAGGUCCUGAAAGCAUCUUUUUCGUAUUACACAGUAUUUAGCUCCAAGUAG